AUGGCUUCGGAGGACGUUGAGAUGUCAGACAUUACGGAAACAGUUCUUCAUUACGACUCGUACACGAGCUUUCCGCGAGAUGAGGGCAUGCGAUCACCUCGAACUCCAACAUGGGCUCCAUCGGUCGCUGUGACACCGUUCGACUUCGAUAAGUAUUUUCCGCGGACACCGUUGCCACCAUCGAUGAGGAAGGCGACUAUCCCUCCGCCGCCCGAAGCGCCGCUGCCGUGGAUCUGGCAAUGUCAUCUGUGUCGCAAUCGCUAUCCUUUGGGCGUUACUCGACGAUGCCUGUAUGAUGGACACUACUACUGCUCGGGUGAGACGAAUGUCAAGAAUCUCAAGAAGAAAAAGAAGGGUCAGGCAUGCUCAAGCGAAUUCGACUAUGAAGGCUGGGAUGAGUACGGGGAGUGGAAACGAGAAGCGCUGGCGAUCAUGGGCCAGGCGAAAGUCUUGAAGCGAUGUGACAAAUGCGACUUUCCGAGCAUGUGUCGAACACCACCAGAGCAAUUUCCAGUCAAGAAAGAGAAGAAGUCGCCGCCACCAGUCGCUGUAUUGCCCGUCUCGCCAGCCAAGAAAGCCACAAUCGAGCUUGACUUUCAACUACCGUCAGCAGACGAGCUGGCCGCGUUAGAGAAGGGUGAGAAGGAGGAGCUGCUGUUGGCAGCUGGAGCGAGUCUGGCGAAGGCUGAUCGCAGUGUGGACUUUGCCAAGAUUCUACAGGAGGGCGCAGGCAAGAAGCAGACACUGAAGCAAUCUAAAGUGACGGACAUGUUCAAAGGCAAAACCAAGAAGGACAAGGCAGCAAUAGAGAAGGGCUUGUCGCUCAGUCUGGAGCCCAGCAAGUCGAGGAAAAGCGGCGAGUUUGUGAUGCCAUCCCUGGACAUCUGGGGAAAGGGCAGCAAGAAGUGA